GUGGAGCCCGGGGUUUGGGGAACCGGGGAGGGACGGGUUCCUCAGCGGAGGCGGCAGCACCCCGUUAACCCUCCGUGGGGACGAGGAGGCCGUGUGGGAGUUGCGUAGGGUCAUGGUCAGCUCCAUAGCGGGACCGGAACGCUCCUACGCGGCUUCGUUUCCCGCCCCCCCCACCCCCUCACCCCGGGCCGUGACGGAGUGAGGGACCAAGAUGGCGGCGCCCAGCGCCGGGGAGGCGGGGGGAGCCCGUGGAAGGCCGCCCGCCGUCACCCCUCAGCAGAUCCGUGACCUCAUCGACGGUGGCAUCGCCUCUGAGGGUGCCGGCCCCGACGGGAAGGACGUAUCUGACUGGUCAGAAUCAGCUAAUGGAUCUUUGCAAAUGGAUGCUCUCUCCUUGGAGUCCGCCAGCAAGGAAGCCUAUUUCAGCAGAGUAGAAACAUUCACCCCGCUGAAGUGGGCUGGCAAACCCCGCGAGCUGUCUCCCCUGGUUUGCGCCAAGUACGGCUGGACCAACGUGGAGUGUGACAUGCUGAAGUGCUCCAGCUGCCAGGCCUUCCUCUGUGUGAACCUGCAGCUUGCGUUUGACUUCAACAAGUAUAAGGAGCGCUGCAUAGAGCUGAAGAAGGCCUUGUGCACUGCUCAUGAGAAGUUCUGCUUCUGGCCGGACAGCCCCUGCCCAGAUCGCUUUGCCAUGUUACUGGUGGAUGAGCCCAGAGCCCUUCUCCAGGACUUCCUGGACCGCUUUCAGAGCUUAUGUCAGCUGGAGCUGCAGCUGCCCUCCCUCAGACCAGAAGACAUGAAAAACAUGUCCCUGACAGAGGAGAAGAUCAGUCUGCUCCUCCAGCUGAUUGGGGAGGAACUAGAGCACAAAACAGAGGGAGAGAAACCACCGUUGAAGUUUGCCACGGAAAUCCUGCAAGUGCAUGUUCCUGCCUGCAUCCUGGCUCUGUGUGGCUGGACUUGCAGUGCUGCGUCUGGCUCUGUGCACCUCUCGGUCAUCACCUGCUCCCGCUGCAUGAGGAAGGUGGGACUGUGGGGCUUUCACCAGCUGGAGUCUGCGGGGCCAGAGCUGGACUCCUGCAGCCCGAGCAGUGUAUCACCGGCACCUGCCGAGCGCUUCCCGCUCGUGCCCACGUCUCCACGCAGGAUGCUUACGCGGAGCCAAGACACGCUCUCUCCGGGCUCUGAGCAGCAUGAGAAGAGCCUGUCCCCAGCAAUCUCUCGCCCGCGGGGUUGGGACUCUCCCAUCCCCAUGGACCGGAGUGAGUUGGAGGUGGCCAGCCCCACUCUGAGGAGCCGCCCUGUCACCCGCAGCAUGGGCCAGGGGGAAAACAUGGAGGUGCCAUCCAGUCCUCUUCGCAGAGCCAAGCGGACACGGCUCUGCUCUUCCAGCAGCUCGGACACUUCUUUGAGGAGCUUCUUUGACCCCAGCUCUCAGCAUCGCGACUGGUGUCCCUGGGUCAACACAGUGGAGGGAGGGGAAGCCCUGGAAGAUACCGCGACCCAGACGGAGAAGGAGCCUGCAAAGGCAGAGCCAGGCUGGCGAGUGGUACUGAACACACUCCUCGCCACCAGAAAGUGUGACAGAGUGCCUGAGACGGAGCCUGUGAGUCUCUCGGUGAAGUCCUGCAAGGUGUUCCGCAUUUUCCGGCAAUGGGAGAGCAUGAAUUCCUCCUGAACGGGCCAUUGCCUCUGGGAACUGGGCAUCGUAUCAGUCCGGCAGAGAUCCGCUUUGCAGUUGCUCCCACGGCAGCUCCGUGCCCCGGGGAGGAGAUGCCAAGGAGGCUCCAUGCCAAACGCAGCCCCCAGCAGCCGCUGGGACCCCCUCCUCCCUGACUGCCUUCCUUGAAGCCCCCUGCCUUCACAAAUUGCUGCUGUAGCCCUUGGCCUCAAGGGCUUUGACAGCCCCGUCUGGAGCUGGGACAUGCCGUGGGCACGUGGGGUGAACAAGGAGACGUGGUCGCCUCGCAAGGGUGACUGUCUUGUCCAGCUGUGACCUGCCACCAGCAGCACAGGGAAUUGUCGCCAGGUGGGAAUAAACAUUUCACUUUUU